AUGCAACACCAAAGAGAAAUCGUUUGGACAUUUUUCAUAUCAAUUCACAAGACACAAUUUUGCUUAAAGCAACAUCUGUUGCCAACUUGUUUAUGCUACAUAGAUAAGAAUAUUAAUAUCACUAAAAAUGUUUCAAGAAUAAACGGAACUUAUUUACUUACAUUAGCUUUAAAAUCAUGGGUUUAA